AUGAUUAUCUGCAUGGACACUGCACUUGUGGCCCCACAAUUCAAGCGCCUCCAGCUUUACCAAGAAAGUAUCAAAGCCUUUGUUUACAGUGUCAAGUUGAAGCUUGAGCUAAAUAUCCUUUCCAAGCUAGUGGACCUCGUCCAGCGAAGUUCAAUUGAUAGAUCAUUGACUUUGGAGUUCAUCGACGCAAAUUCGAUCGUUGGACAGACACAAGCGGCAGUGUGCUGA